GUCUAUGCGAACGACGGCGGCGGCGGGAAGCUUCACCAUCUUGCCUCGGAAACCAACCCAACCAAAACAUUAAGGAUCCGGAUCUUCCGAAUUCCUGACCUCUCCUUUCAACUGACUGUACAUGUGAGGGCACAUUCAUCACCAGCGGCAUCAUGCGCCGUCCAAGCCUAGCUCUCCUAGCUCUGAGCUCGCUGCCGUUUGGCAGUGCUCGACAGCCCGCCAGCUUCAGCAUCCACCAAGAUCUGCUGGCACAUCCCCAGUUUGAAGUCAUCUUUUCCGACAGUUAUGUCUUCGAGGCCGACGCCUUUGCUCUCCUCGAAGCAGCCAACAAGACACCCAAGCCGACCCCAGCGAGCGACGGCGCACACGAUGGCUCGACGACAAGAACCGAUCUGACCAGUGCGAUCCGCGAAUCCGCGACGGCAAACGCCGACACCGACAAUGGCGACGAGAGCAUAGGCGGCACUUCGCCGCUUAGAGAAACGUACGAGCUCAUUGCUCACCCGCCCAUGCGCUACCUCUGCUCGAUCCCCAUCAUCGCCCCGCCGCCCGCUCUGAACAAGACUGCGACCGAGCUUGCCAAAGCCGAAGAAGCCCGCGAAGUCACUCGCGCCUAUAACAAAGGAUGGGAGCUGAUGCGCGGCCUGGAGAAUCAAUGCCUUCACUUCGUCAGCGGCUGGUGGAGCUACCAAUACUGCUACGGCAAGUCCAUCGUGCAAUACCACGCCGUACCCAACCCGAAAGGCGGCCCCCCUUUGCGCGACAAGAACAGCCAGGAGUACAUUCUCGGGACAUCCUUGCCGCCUUCCUCCCACUCCCAAAAGGGGAAGCAGAUUGAAGUCCCCAAUAACGAACAGAAGCAGCUCUCCCCACCUCCCAACACCGAGCUCCAGGCGAAAGACAACCAGCGCUACCUCGUCCAGCGACUAGACGGGGGCACCAUUUGCGACCUUACGGGCCGUCCACGCACGAUCGAGAUUCAGUACCACUGCAACCCAGCCCUCUCGGGCGAUAGGAUCGGCUGGAUCAAGGAAGUCACCACCUGUGCCUAUCUAAUGGUCAUCCACACCCCCCGACUCUGCGCCGACGUUGCCUUCCUCCCGCCCAAGGAAACCAAGGCGCACCCGAUUACUUGUCGGCAGAUCAUCACCUCCGACGAGGAAGCCCUGUCUUUCAACCAGCGGAGGAAAAACACCAUCGACUCAGCAGCAGCUGCUGCAGCUGCCGUCACUACCGAAGACCAAAAGCAGGGGUCAGAAUCGGGAUCACCCGAAAAGCUCUCAUACCAAGGCUUAACGGUAGCCGGCAUCCCCAUUGGUGCGCGCCGCAUCCUUCCCUCGACCCACGUCCUCCCCCUCCCGCGUCAUCUACAACAGCAACGACAAGAAGCACAGCAAGGGAACCUUCUCGAGGCACUGACCAAAGCGGCCUUCAAAGCGGAUGUCUUUGGUGAUUAUGGCGACGACAACAACAACAACAACAACAACCACCACCCAAAAGCAGGCAAGGGCAGGAAAGCAGCAGGAGCAGGUAAAGGACAAAGUGGCCAGAAAGAAAUGAAGAAAAUGAGGAUUUCGGAAAGAGAUAUCGAUAAGCUGGGGUUGGAUCAGCAGACCCUGGACGCACUCAGAGAGGAAAUCAGAGCGGCGGGGUUGGAUCCUGAUAGGAAUUUGAAUGAUGAGAGGGAGGCAGGGGGCGAGAUUGUGUGGGAGUUUUAUGCCGAUGUUUCGGGGGAUGAGGAUGACGGGGCGGUUGCGGAGGAGGGAAAGGAGGUGUUUGUUUGGUAUGAAGAUGAAGAUGAGGGGGGAGAGCCAGCUGAAGCUGGGAAAGACCAAAAGGAGAGUAAGAAGGGGGGAAAUGGGGAGGGAAGCGGAAGUGGAAGCGAGGAGGGGAGUAAGGAGGAGUAUUAUCGGGACGAACUGUGAUAUCUUAUUGAAAAAGAGGACGGCGGGUGUAUACUAGAUCUAGGAGGAACAUGCCACGAACCUGAUGGGACAAGGUCAUAUCUGAAAGGAGAUAUCUAACCAAGUCAGCAAUUGCCAUCAUCAUUCCGGGCAGGGAGGACCACAGCCUCGAUCUAGAUUGUAGUGAUUCUGUUUUGGACAACAUCACCCCCGGGUAUAUCCUGCCUCUUUCUGUUCAACUGGGUCUACGUCUGUGACGAUUCCCUGGGUAUCUACCUACCUAAUGUUACCCUUUGACGAUUCUCCUGAAAAAAAAAAAAAACAUCAGAUAUGGUCCAAGAUGGCUCUAUAAUUCCCGACAGUUACAUCCAAAAUCAGCUGCUCUUACCUUACGACUUUCA